GGUUGUGUAUUACUUGGCGCCGAUAGAAACACGUGGCGGCGGUUUGUGAGGAGGUAAGGAAAGUCCGCAAAGGUUGGUAGCAAAGUUAGUUAACUCGGGUGAGACCGCAUUAGAAAGCGUAGUUACAUGGGCGCACUCGCGCUCCUCGCCGAACACUCCCGACUUCAAACCAUGUCCAGCUUUGCGAACGAUCCGGGCCACGCCGAUGCCACCACUCCUGAUUCCGCCUCGACCGAGCCGCACAAUUUCGACACCGCGGCGAGCGGCGAGCACGACCAGGACGGCACGGGCAAGAAGAAAAAAGGCCCCAAACGCCGCAAGGUCAACCAUGCCUGUCUCUACUGCCGUCGCAGCCAUAUGACCUGCGACGAAGGCCGUCCCUGCCAACGCUGUAUUAAACGCGAGAUUGGUCACCUCUGCCACGACGAGCAGCGCUCUGCGGGCAAGGAAAAGGCUCCCGCACUCGCGAGCCCUACAAGCUCGAUACCGAAUCCUGCCGUAGACGUUACGAGGAAUCUGCCUGGUCCCUCUCAGUUUGCACCACCCAUGGCUGCUGCCCCGAUGAACACAGGAUGGCCUGGUAUGGGAAUGAGCAUGGCACAAGGCGCAUUCCUAUAUCCGCCCGACGCAAUGAACGAGUUCUCGGUUCUCUCAGAUUUUCUGGAGUCCCUGGACGAUGGCUCGUUCUUCGGCCAGCCACCAGGGGUGAACCCGUCGUUGAUGUCUCCGACACCAUAUGGCAACUCUGUUUCCCUCGGCGUGGACAACCCAUAUAUAACCCAUCCACAACCUUCGGGCUCCUCUGAAGCUGUUGCCCCUCCAUCACCAGAGAAGCCUCCAGAAGAGCCUGCGCCGGACGUGCUUCCGGCAGCGACGAAGACGGAGAAGUUCUUCCUCACGGCGGCAGAUCAAGCAUCGGGUUCACGGAACGAACGUCUGAAUAUGGUCAUCCGCAGCAAAUACGAAGCGGGCUUACUGAAGCCGUACAACUACGUGAAGGGCUACGCACGCCUAUCACGAUGGAUGGACAGAAACGUCUCCUUGGAGUCGAAGCAGAAGAUCCUGCAGCCGUUGUCGGUCUUGCGGCCAAAGUUCCGAGCAAUAGCCCAGUCGGAAUCAUUGACAGAUAUCGACCUCGUCUUCAUCGAAGAGGCCUUCGAGCGAUUACUACUCGAUUAUGACCGUGUCUUCUCCGCCAUGGCGAUCCCGGCGUGCUUAUGGCGGCGCACCGGAGAGAUAUACAAAGCCAAUCGCGAAUUCGCAGAGCUCGUGGGUGUUGAUGGGUACAUGCUGCGUGACGGGCGGUUAUGUAUCUAUGAGCUGAUGGCAGAAGACUCAGCUGUAAAUUACUGGGAGAAGUACGGCAACGUUGCCUUCGACUCCAACCAAAAAGCGGUGCUCACAUCCUGCGUGCUGCGUUACAAGCCCCUCCUCCCCUCUUCCGGCGCCUUGACGCCAUCUCGUGGCAAGCCCAGAGAAGACCCCCCAAAGGAAGAGGGCUUCAUGAGCUGCUGUUUCUCCUUCACCAUUCGGCGGGAUCCAUACGGGAUUCCGACGUUGAUAGUCGGCAACUUCAUCAAGUGCUGAAUUCUUGGGUUUUUUCUAGCGUCGUCCUCUUCUUUCCGUGCAAUCUGUCAAGGGUUGGACAUGUGUCUGUACAGUAGCUGCAUACUAACGCCAAGUCUGAUGAACGACCCGAAUGUUGUAUAUCUCCAUAUAUUAUCAUUAGUGCAUACAGUAUUCUCCUGCCUGCAGGAUGCAAUGCGGCCAGCUUCGUUCACACGUCAUGGCUGGUCAUG